AUGAAGGAUUCACAACAAGGAAAGAACAAAGGAAAAGGCAAAAGUUCCGAUAAUUAUGAACUUUGGACCAAGGAAGAAAGCGAUUGCAUGUUAGAGCUAUUGGUUGAUGGUAUCAGUCGAGGAUGGCGUGAAACUAAUGGGUCAAUAAGUAAGCAAACAUAAAUAAAAAAAAGAGUAAUUCCUCGCCUAAAUGAGAAAACUAUGUCUCCUAAAACAUAUAACAAUAUCGUGAGCCGAAUGAGAUGGUAUAAGAGGCAAUUUGACAAAAUGACUACUCUUAUGCGUAACAACUUUGGAUUUGGGUGGGACCCAAUUACAAACAAGUUCACGGCUAGUGAUGAAGUAUGGGAAAAUUACUUGAAGUCCCACCCAAGUCACAAGAACCUUCAGACAGAAAGUGUUGCUAAUUAUGAUGAUUUAAAAAUUAUGGUUGGGGGUGCAACUGCUACUGGGAAUGGUUCACUUGCAUUAGGUGUUAAUGAUACCGAUGCAACAACUUUUAGGGACGAGGAAAAGCUAAAGUUUGGGAUGGAAGGCUUUAUAUAUGAUGCUGCCAAUGAGACAUUUGUAGCACCAAGUCACUAUCAACCAUUUUUUCCAACCUUCAUCACCCUACCAAUCUACACCACCCCUUGA